AUGAAUGGUUUUAUUGCUGUUCACUGUGGAGCUGGUUAUCAUAGCGACUCUUUGAAGAAAGAUUAUCAAAAGACGUGCUAUGCGGCCUGCAGAAAAGCUGCUGAAGCCCUUCGGUUGGGUGGCAACGCUGUAGAUGCCGUAGAGAAGGCCAUCAUCGAGCUCGAGAACAGUCCUUUAACAAAUGCUGGAUAUGGUUCAAAUUUAAGUUGGAAUGGAUCAGUUGAAUGUGAUGCCUCUAUUAUGAAUGGUCAAACAUUGCAUUUUGGUGCCUGUGGAGCUGUCUCUGACGUGUGGAAUCCUAUUUCCCUAGCUAAGCACUUAUGUAUCAAACAGUGUGACAGUUUGUCUUUGGGUCGUGUUCCACCUUGUAUACUAACAGGGAACGGAGCUAGAUCUUGGGCAGAAAGAAUGGGCUUGGAAAUAGUAAGUGAUCAUAAAAUGGUGUCCGCCAGGGCCUUUAGAAAUUAUAAACAUUGUAAAAGAAAACUAAAACGUUACUCCAUACAAAAUGACAUAAAGUUUAGCCCAUUGGAUACAGUUGGAGCUAUUUGUGUAGAUUCCAAUGGGGUUGUUGCCUCUGGAGCAAGUUCUGGUGGUGUUUCUUUAAAGCAUGAAGGCAGAGUUGGGCAAGCAGCCUCUUUUGGUAGUGGGGUCUGGGCAGUGAUGAGUAGAGAUGGCUUGAAACCUUCCAUAGCUGCCUGUACAUCAGGAUGUGGAGAACAUUUAAUAAGAACCCAAUUGGCAAAAAAUUCUGCUGAAAGUUUGCUUGAUUCCUCACCUAUUCUGGGCUUAGAUAAAUGCCUAAAAAACAAUUUCUUAGAAUCCCCAUUUUUGUGGGAUGUUCGUGAUAGACUAGGUGGCACACUAGCACUGAAGUUUGAGUCAAUCACUGGGGAGGGUGAAUUACUAUGGGGUCAUACUACAAAAACUAUGUGUAUAGGUUACAUGGCCAGCGAGACAGGAAAACCUAAGUGUAUCAUGUCUUAUUUGCCUCCUAAAAUCGAAUCAGGGCAAAAAGCAGUGGUAUCUGGACAACCUUUUAAGGUUUCAAUGCAAACUUGUCCGGAGUUAAAAUGGGAAGUGAAAGCUGUACCAAGUUCUAAUGGAUCUCUUUAA